AUGCACCCGGAGGAAUUCCCCGAGGGCGAGUUCAACAAGGUCGCGGACCACACGCUCGAGCAGCUCGACGAGGACAUCGAGAUCUUCGUGGAAGAGCACGGCGGCGACGACUGCGACGUCAACUUCGGGCAAGGCGUCCUCACUGUCAACCUGGGCAGCAGGGGCACGUACGUGUUGAACAAGCAGGGGCCCAACCGGCAGAUAUGGACGUCGUCGCCCGUCAGCGGGCCGCUGCGGUUCGACUACGCCGGGAACGGGCGCUGGGUGUACGCGAGGGACGGCCGGGAGCUGCACGCGCUCCUGGAAACGGAGCUGUCGGACGCGUUCGGGGUGCGGCUGGAGCUGCAGAGGUGA